AGCGCUCCGGGUUCUGGUCGAUGUUGCUCUGUGAAAAUGACUGAUUUCUUGGAUUUGCAACCAAUAAAUCCACAAAAUAAAUUAAAUGUUUGUCGUAUUUGUGCUCUAGAAAGUGAAAACGGACAAAUUCUAUUCGACACCAACAGUGAAAUCGAAAAAAUCGCCAUUCAAAUAUGUUCUCUCAUUUCAAUCAAGUUAGACCCAAAUAUUCAAAUUUACCCAAAUUGGAUAUGCUCCCAAUGUCAUCUUCAAUUCGAAGCCAUAGUUCAGUUUUUCGAAGUGAUAAGCAAUGGACAACGUCAGAUGGGGGAACUAUUUGGCUACCCUCGGAAACCUGGAAGAAAACCUAAGCCAAAAUUCGAACGUUGGUUCUCUGUCGAUGUGAGCCAGCUGGAUGGAGGAGCAGCGGGUUUUGAUAAACUCAGAGUAAAUGGCAAACGGGUUCCCAAAAUCCCUGAGAGAUUCAAAGACUCAAUGCAAGGCAACGAGCUGGAAGAUCUGUACAGCGAAAUAGGCUUAGCGAAACGAAAAUCAAGACAAUCUAAAAUAGAGAAAAAAGAGACUAUCGCCCACAUCGAAGACGAGAAUGGGAUGAAAUUUUGUGAGAUGUUUUCAAUCCAACAGGAUUCCAAUAGAAACAGCACUCGUUAUCAAUGUGACUUCUGUGAGGAGAGCUUCUCAAUGGAACACGCCUUCUACACCCACCUCUCCAGCCACACGAACAUCAUGUACGAAUGCACUGAAUGCCAAGCAGUCUUCAAAGCCAAGACCAUGUACGAUGCCCAUGUGCGGGAAAGCAAUCACUCGGGAUUGGGCAUAAUAGAAACACCUCCAGCUAACGUCGAGGAGGCGACACAAGAAGAAGAAAAAACCAUUAAAAAAGUGAGGAAGUUCAUUUGUUUGAAGUGCCCAAAGACAUUCGAUACGAAAAUGGCCAUUCAACGCCACGGAAAGACACAUUCCCCCAAUCGGCCGUUUCAGUGUGAUAUUUGUCUGGCUAAAUUUAAGAAGAAGUUCGUUCUCAAAGUCCACAAAACCAGACAUUUCCAGGAGAAUUUUUUCAAAUGCCACGUCUGCUCGCAAACAUUCAAACACAAGCGCUCCCUCCAAGUGCAUUUGCAGACCAUUCACGAUGGCCUUAAGCCCCAUUCAUGUUCGGUCUGUAAGAAGAGUUUCAGUCAGAAGUCGAAUCUUAAAAUACACAAACGCAUUCACACUGGCUAUCGUCCAUUUGUCUGUCUUAAGUGUGGGGCUUCCUUCAAGACCUCAUCACAAUGUAAUCUACAUCAAAAAACCCACGUGGUUCUAGAAACAACACUCCCAAAACCCAAACCAAUGGUAGAGUGUAAAAUAUGUGGCAGGCCAUUUUCCCAAAGGAGCAAUCUCAGAAAACACAUCCGAAUACAUACUGGAGAGAAACCGUAUGUUUGUAAUGUGUGUCCCAUGAAAUUCUCAGAUCCAUCUAAUCUCAAAAAACACAAACGAAAUCAUCCCAAACCAAAGAUACCAAAAUCCACACCGAUUUCACUAAUCGAAUCCAAUUUGCUUGACGAAGCUGUUGCAUCGAUUGUGGAACCAAAUCGAAUUCCUGAAGAUAAUGAACUCAUGGCGGUAGCAUCCAAUUCGUUUAGGGGGAUGGGCAAUGUUGUGGUUCCAAUUGUUGACAAUUCCUUAAUGCAAAAUGUUGUCCUGCCAAGUGUUAGCAAUUCCUUAAUGGAAAGUGUUGUCCUGCCAAAUGUUAGCAAUUCCUUAAUGAACAUCAUGGAUGAAGUUGUUGGCAAGGAUGAUGCAAAUCCAUGGAAUUCAGAUGUGAUUGUGACAGAUAUUCCGAAUGAUGAGAAUUCUAUUGUUCAGCAACAACAGCAGCAGGAAUUGCUAAUGAAUCAAUUGGUUUGUAUUUCAUACCAGGAUCCCAUGAACCCGGUUGGAAGUAAGACUACUUUCUAUGUUGUCAAUGGAGGCAAUUAGAUGGAAUGGAAGUCAAAUUGUAACUCUAAAUCACUUUGUUGCCUUCUUUACGAAAGAUUUUUGUAUAAGAACCCAAUGAUUCAGAAAACUAGUUUUUAAAGAUUGAGCUAGUCAGAACUCAGAACCCUUUUCCUGCAGUAGGUAUAUCAUUAUUAUUAUUUAUAUAUUUAUUCAUCCAAAGGAAAAACAAUACAAGUAUUAUUGGUUAGGCAAGUUUUCAGUUGGCCAACUGCCAAAAAAUUAACUUCCAAUUAAAACAACUUAUUGGAAAAUUGACUGGAAAGUUAGUCAAACAAAAUCUUCAUAACUAUUAACUCAAAUCUUCUUCUGUCAAAAUGACAUUUGAUCAUGUUUUUUCAUUCAACUGAAAAACUUACUAAUUGCUUUCGUCAAAAUGUACGUUUAAGGAAUGAAGUUGACUGCAAAUGAAGUCCCUUAAGUUAUCUUAGCCAUCCCAUUCUUUGAUGCAAGAACUUACCAUUGACAGUUAAAGUGUUGAAUUCACGAACAGUGCUAUUUACAGUUAUCUUAAAGGAAAUUAUUUCAGUUCAGUUUAAUUAACUGUUUGGUUUAAAUUUAAAUUUCAUUAAUUUAUAUUUUAAAUGAAACUUCAUGAAAUAAAUAACUCUCAUUAAGUUAAUUGUUGUUCUUUGCAACUUUUAUAUUUAAUAACAAACAUUUAGGUCAAAAAUCGUGGAAAUUAGCAGCUUACGAAAGUGAAGUAAAAUACCGUAUUAUGUUUUUAAUUUUUAGAAGGAAAAUGUCAUAUUAUUGAGUAUUAUUUCUUUACCUAGAAAAAAAAAAUCAUAUUAAACCUUUAACAAUUUUGUAAUAAGUUGGCUCUUUUGGUCAUUUUUUUGUUUUUCAAUAUUAAGAAAUGAGGUUUUUUUAUAUCUCCCUUUUAUGUGUACUUAAAAUUCAAAUAUAU